AUGGACACCGGAAUGUCUACGCAAGAGCUGCAGCUCUGCCAGCACCUGAUAGAGCUGCCGAGACGCUAUGGGUACCGAUACGAUGAGUCCGCCUGCCGAGAUCUCUUAUACAACCUCUUUUGGUCCAUGGCCGGUGGCCGCCCCGAGCACAUGCGGUUGUUCUUCCCGGACGGUAAGCUUACCCCCAAGAGCGCCUUGAAGCUCAGAGAGGCCCAGGGCGCUGUCGAGGGCGCCGAAUACACCGAGGCUGCCCGGGGCAAGGCCUGCGGCCACAUAUUCAGAGCCGGCGAGGCCUCUUAUGGCUGCAAGACGUGUAGCACCGAUGAGACCUGCUGCCUCUGCAGCAAGUGCUUCAACGCCACCGAUCACACGGGCCACAUGGUGAGGGUGUCCAUCUCCCCGGGCAACAGCGGCUGCUGCGACUGUGGCGACCCCGAGGCUUGGAAGACUCCCAUGUUCUGCACCAUCCACAGCGAGCGCGAGGAGGACCGGUCGAAAGGGAAGGGCAAGGAGAUUGCCGGGCUCCCCGAAGAGGUCGUCUCCAACAUUCGCAUGACCAUCUCCCGCGUCCUCGACUUCAUCUGCGACGUCAUCUCCUGCGCCCCCGAGCAGCUUCGGCAGCCAAAGACGAAGGAGUCUAUCGAGCAGGACGAGAAGAUGUCCCGGCUCGCGUCGACCUACUGCGGUGGGGACGUCGACUCCCCCGAGGAGUACGCCUUGCUGCUCUGGAACGACGAGAAGCAUACGGUGAAGGAAGUCCAAGACCAAGUCGCGCGAGCAUGUAGCACCACCUCCAAGGAAGGCUACAACCGAGCCGUGGAGACAGACUCGAUUGGCCGGAGUAUCUUGAAAUACGACACCAACAUCGAGAAGCUCCUGCGAUGUGCCACCAUCCUGGAGCACAUCAAGAUCACCGUCACCAUCCGGUCCUCGCGGGAUACGUUCCGGGAGCAGAUGUGUGGCACCAUGAUCGAUUGGCUGAAUGAUAUCUCGGGCUGCGUCGUGGGCAGCGACCAUAAUAUCCUCCGCAUGGUCGUCUGCGAGGAGCUCCUGAAGCCUUGGCGAAAAGGAAGCCCCGGGACGCAUGCCAUGCCCGGGAAGGAUGGCCUCGAGGACGAAGCAAGGCUCGAGUACGACCCCCUGGAGGCCCAUACGGCCACCAUAUUCAUACAACGGGCAAGGUUUCUUGCCGAGGCCGGUAACACAACCACCCUGAACGAAUUCCUCGAUUCCGACGGCGACGAAGAUGACGACGACGACGACGACGAAGAUAUGGAUGGUGGUAACCGAACUCCCUCGAGCGGGGAUGAGGACAAUGACGACGAUGAGGAUGAUGACGAUGAUGUUAUGAUGGUAGAUGCGCGCCCCGACCCAAACGUAGAUGCAAACGUGCCGGAGUGGAUGGGGCCUGCGGUCGAGUCUCUCGAGGAAGAAGAAGCCACGAUAGCUGGGUAUCCGCCGCCUCCGCCGCCUCCGCCACCUCCGCCGGCACCGCGACGAGCGCCGCGAGACAGAGACCUCACACCGUCGGACUCGGAUACCGCCGAGCCGUUAAUCGCCCAAACCGUGUAUGCGAAAGCGAACCUCGAAAUCCCCAAAACGCCGGGCCUAUCCAGGGCAGGCAGGUCUGGUCCUCCGCGGCCGGGACGGUACUGGGUCGAAACGCCGGCGGCCUACAUGGAACGCGAUAGCGUACACCCCUUCGAGGAUGUUUUCCAACGAGUCCGGCUCGACUGGCUGAUCCUCUUUGAUCUGAGGAUGUGGAAGAAGGUUCGCAACGACCUGCGCUCGCUGUACAUCUCUACGGUCGUUACCAUCCCCGAAUUCAAGAGGGUCCUAGGCCUUCGGUUCGCGGCUCUAUAUACGACCUUGGCCCAGCUCUACCUAAUCGGGGACCGGGAACCAGAUCACUCCAUCAUCAACAUAUCUCUGCAGAUGCUGACCACGCCUUCUAUCACGGCCGAAGUCGUGGAGAGGGGCAAUUUCCUGACAACCCUCACGGCCAUCCUUUAUACCUUCCUGACCACUCGGCAAGUUGGACACCCGUGGGAGGUCUCCUCGAGUGCCGUGCUUGGCUUCGACUCGGGUUCGGUGACGAACAGGCGGAUGUAUCAUUUCUACGUCGAUCUGAAGUUCCUCCUCGGCUCACCCCACGUCCAGGAGCGCAUGAGAACCGAAGAGAGAUAUUUGAUGCAAUUUCUCGACCUCGUAAAGCUUCAUCAGGGCAUCUGCCCGAACGUCCGGGCGGUCGGCGAGCAUGUAGAAUAUGAGACCGACAGCUGGAUCGGCGCCUCGUUGAUGACGCGCGAGAUAAACAGGCUUUGCAGGCUUCUGUCCGGCUCUUUCCGCAACCUCUCGGAGCAGGAUUCGCUGUAUCUGUCGAAAGCGAUCAGAACUACGGCCAAGAGCGUUAUCCUCAACUCGAUUGGAGCCGAGCGUGCGAGGUUCACCCAGGCCGAGAUCAAGGAUGAGGUGCGAUUCAAAGCUCUGAGCGACUUCGAGUUUGCUGGCGAAAGCACGAAAUUCGAAGUGGUCAAAUUCAACGUCGAGGAACAGCCCAUCAGCUUCCAUCACGCACUACAUUACACGCUGUCGUGGCUAAUCGAAUGCGGGAAGCACAUGUCCCCGCAACAGAUGAGGUCGAUCUUGAGCUUCAGUCUGCAGGAGCUCAAGAUGAAGCCCAGGUUGAUGGGUCGGAAGAUCAUGCCCAGGCGCGACUACGGUCCUGAGGAUUAUCUCAUGGCCGCAUUCGACUAUCCCUUAAGGGUCUGUACCUGGCUCGCCCAGAUCAAAGCUGGAAUGUGGGUGCGCAACGGCAUCAGCCUACGGCAUCAGGCGGGGACCUACAAGAACAUCCUCCACAGAGACGUCACCCACGCCCGGGACAUCUUCCUACUCCAGACCGCGAUGGUAGUUUGCAACCCGAGCCGCGUCCUCGCCUCAAUUGUCGAUCGUUUCGGGAUGGAAAGCUGGGUCAAGGGAUUGUUCGAGGUUACUUCGACUGCUCAGGACGAGAUCCAGCACCUGGACGUUGUCGAGGACAUGAUCCACUUUCUCAUCGUCUUGCUGAGCGACCGAACUUCCCUUAUCCCCGUCCAGGACGAGCAGCAGACGUACCUGAUGGCGAUGCGUCGGGAUAUCACUCACGUCCUUUGCUUCCGGCCUCUAUCUUUCAGCGAGAUAUCCGGCAAGCUUCCCGAGAAAUUCCACGAGCAGGAGGAUUUCCAACGUGUCCUAGACGAGGUCGCAACGUUUAAGGCUCCCGAGGGCGUCUCGGACGUGGGCACAUUCGAACUCAAGCCGCAUUUCAUCGAGGAUAUCGACCCGUACAUUGCCCACUACAAUAAAAAUCAGCGAGAGGAAUCGGAGACCGCCUACCGCAAGUGGAUGGCUAAAAAGACGGGGAAGCCGGUUGAGGAAAUCGUCUACGAGCCCAAGCUGCGGCCGAUAGAGUCCGGUGCCUUUGUAGAACUGGGACAAUUUACUAGGACGGGGAUGUUUGCGCAGAUUAUCUACUACUGCCUCCUAUACCCCCUUGUCGCUGCUAAGCUGACGCCCAAAGUUCCGUUUACUAGAAUAGAGACGUUCUUGCAAGUCGUGUUGCAUCUGAUUCUCAUCGCAAUUUCCGAGGAUCAGGCAGGCGAGGGCGAGUACGUGGCUCGUAAAGGAUCUUUCGUGUAUAUUGCCUUGAGCGUACAGGCUCGCAGCAAUUUCAUGCAGGAUGCCCCUACGCGAAAGACUAUCGUUUCUCUCCUGGACAUGAUGUCGACCAAAGAGGAGUUCAAAGCCUGCCAUGCCAAGAUCGGCCUGAUUCUGAAGAGGAUGAGGCAGAGAUAUCCGAUCCAAUUCGAUAUAGCGUACUCGCUACUGGGCAUACCCUUGGAUCGGAUCGACACGGCCUCUCCGGCAAGCACCCACAACGCCGAAGAGGAGCGCGAACGGAAGAAGAAGGCGGCACUAGAUCGACAAGCCAAGGUCAUGGCGCAGUUCCAGCAACAGCAGAAAAGCUUCCUCGAAAUGCAAGGCGACGUUGAUUGGGGCGAGGAAGAGUGGGACGACAUGGACGACGACAAGCCCGCGGAGGAGCAAAAGAACUUUUGGAAAUACCCGAAGGGCACCUGCAUACUCUGCCAAGAAGAUACCGACGACGGCCGCCUCUACGGAACGUUUGCGCUCUUUACCGAGAGCAAGAUACUCCGGCAGACCGAUCUCCAAGACCCCGACUUCGUUAGAGAAGCGGCGAGCACGCCGGCGAGCCUGGAUCGUUCGGCCGAGUCGAUACGCCCGUUUGGCCUCGCGCACGAGAAUAGAGAGAUGGUGGAAAAGAUCAACGCACAGGGACACACGUUCCUCUCUGAGAAGCAAGGGCUUGGCAGGGGCUUUCCGGCCAAGCUCUCGCGGUCGGGGCCCGUAUCGGUGGGAUGCGGUCACAUAAUGCACUUCAGCUGCUUCGAUGUGUACAUUGACGCAACCACCCGCCGGCACGGACACCAAAUUGCUCGCCAUCACCCCGAAUCUCUGGAGCGCCUAGAGUUCGUGUGUCCUCUCUGCAAGGCCCUCGGCAAUGCCUUCCUCCCUAUCACCUGGGACGGCAAAGAAGAGUCUUACCCCGGGAUUGUACAGUCUGACUCCGACUUUUCCUCCUUCGUGGAUGCGUACUCGAGCGGGCUCCAUUAUACGGCAGCAGUGACACACGAUCAGGCCCAAGCUGCGUUCGUCAAUUACCUACGGGUGAAAAUGCCUACAAGCUUGCUCGAUAGAGUCGGCGCCAGCUCGGUGUCCGUCAACGUUUGGGAUCCCGCCAGCAUACGGUCUGCGCCGUCAGUGCCUUCGUCCGCCGGUGAUACUUUCUCUCUCAUGACUACCCCUGGGUCUAGCAUCCGGUCACAUUCCCCGCCAGAGACCCAAUCUGGCGACAAGGAGCUCAUGUCGAUCUAUCGGCGCCUACGCGACACACUCCGCAAGAAUAAACUAGCGGCACCAAUCUGCACCAUCGACAAUAGGGAUGACGAAUUAUAUGCUAGCGGCACGUUGACGCGAUCGGUUGGCUUCUCGAUCUCUGCGGCCGAGAUCCAACAGCGUGGCCUCGAAGCCCAGUACGGUAUGACGCUAAUCGAAAGGAUGCCGGAGCAACUUCUCGUCCAGCUUCGAAUUCUUUCCGAGACGGUUUCGUCUUACAUCGCAGUCGGGGGCCUUCGGUCUGCAGGGGACAACCAGAUCGAGAAGGAGUUCCGGAAAGCUAGCGAACGCCAGCAUUGCCAGCUCUUUGUAUCGCAGCACUUCGCCCAGGAGAGAGGGGUGGGCCGCCAGCUGUAUGACGAACAUCCGCCAUUACUAGACCAGGAUAUCUUCAUCUUCUUAUGCGAGUCUAUGUUUGGCCUCUCCGUCGCGCAAAACGUGGACCCGAUGCAUCUGGUUCGACUUUGCUACCUCGCCGAGAUAGUUAAAGUCGUGUAUCACAUCUCUAGAAACCUCCCGAUAUCCAAGUGGCUCGAGUACAGGAGCAACCGGAAUGUGGAAGACCCUGCGAUGGGUAACUUUGCCAACUUCUUUCAUUACAUUGCCGUAGCUUGGAUGAACGUCCACCACGACUCACUCCCGCUCGAAGACCUACCUAACUUAGGAUUCGACCAACCAGUUCUGAACAGCUUAGAGAGCCUCCAUUCUUUUGUCAAGAAGUACGCGCUAGUGUUCUUGCGAAAGGUGACGGUCCUCCUCCACGUUCAUCAUGGCGUCGACUUCAACAAUCACAUUUCGCCUGUGCCCGAGGCAGACGAACUCACCCGCCUGACAGCCGCCCUGAGACUGCCAUCUUUCGACGAGAUGUGCACAUCCCUGACGUCCCUAAGCGCCCAGUUUGGCUGGCCAGCACGAACACAAGCUACCGUUGACGGCUGGCUUCGCCACCAAAUAACUUGGCCCAUGGCCGGAGGCAGAGAUCUCGCUGAGGCGCUGCCUAGCUCCGCCCGCCUAAGCCAUCCUGGAAUCUUCGAGCUUGUCGGUCUACCCAAGAACUUCGACACUCUGAUCGAGGAGUGCGCCAGACGAAGGUGCCCGAAGACUGGGAAAGAUUUGGCAGACGCCAUCGUCUGCCUCCUGUGUGGGGAUAUUUUCUGCGGGCAGACCAUGUGUUGCCUGAUGGAAUAUCAAGAACCGGGGCCAGACAAGCCUACGAUGAGGAUCGGGGGCGCGCAGCAACACAUGCUGUUCAAGUGCCAGGGCAACAUCGGGCUGUUCAUCAACAUCCGCAAGUGCACCAUAUUCUACCUGCACCGCACGUCGGGCAGUUUCAGCAACGCACCGUACAUCGACAAAUACGGCGAGGUAGACACCGGACUGCGGCACGGGCGGCAGCUCUUCCUCAACCAGAAGCGCUACGACUCCAUGAUGCGCAACAUGUGGCUCAGCCACGGGAUCCCCAGCUUCAUCAGCAGGAAGCUAGAGGCGGAUAUCAACAACGGCGGGUGGGAGACUAUCUGA